ACCUUCUUCCUUUCUUCGAGUAGGGAUUCCCUUCAGUCUCAACCCACUGGUUAGGGUCUCCCCACUUCUGCCCUUCCCCGGCAACCCUCGCCUCGAUCGACUUCGAAACCCUAAUCCAAUCUAUAGGUGGUGACAUCCCUCUCCCUUUCUCGGCUCGCGGAUCGCGAAGCGUGGGCUUAGUAUUUGAUGCAUUUUUACUUGCCGAUAACUUGUAUAUUGGAUGGCACAUCCCGGCAAAUUCCUCUCUGUUAAUCUCAACAAAUCGUACGGCAAGCCCUCCUCCUCCACUCAGGGUUAUGGAAACGGCCGUCCGCGCUCCGCCGGAGGCGUCGGCGGAAUGGUGGUACUAUCGCGACCGCGGAGCUCCUCUGGUACCACCGCGCACAAGAGCUCGUCGAAGCUCGCAGUUCCGCCCCCCGUAAACCUUCCCUCUCUUCGGAAAGAGCACGAGCAUCUCGAUCCGGCUUCAUCAAAUCCUUCUUCGGGCCACAGCGGGGCCGGCCUUGGCUCUGGCAACGGUACUUCUAUGGGCUGGACGAAACCGGGUAGGUCCUCCGGGAAGCAGGAAAGUUUAGCGGGCGAUGCGCGUCCAACAGUUCUUAUGGAGAAAGCUGUGAUCUUGAAGGGGGAGGAUUUCCCAUCUCUUCUGGCGACGUCCGCCUCUUCGUCAAAGCAGAAGCAGAGGCAAAUUAGCGAGAAGUCUGAUGGGUGGGAAGAGAAAACCGAGCUGUCGUCUGUCGUUGAUAUGAGGCCGCAAGUGAGAUCAUCUGCUUUUACCAAGAAAAAUGUACAUGGCAGUGAUGACGGAUCAAUUCGGAUUCCGUAUCCUGCGGGACAAUCGAGACUGGCGGAUGCCAAUAUUCGGGCGCCUUUCCCACUUGUGAGAUUGAGACACGCGACUGAUUGGGAUGAUGACGAAAGAGAUAGGAACCACGUUGUUUCCGCAUCUGAUGAUCAUGAUGGCCGAUUAUUACUGGAUGGUGAAGCUCGCAGUUUGAUGUCAAGGGAUUUGGGUAGAGGUGAUCUUCAUGGGAGGGAGUUAAUGAACUCUAGAAAGGUCGGUCCAGAUGUUAACUCUUGGAGGGUAACAUUUCAGCCGAAUAGAGAUUUUUCAAUGCCUCGAGAGUUGCAUGUUGAUAGGGAUCAUGUUGGUCACAGGAACUCAUCUGUGGGCAGACGGACAAGCCAAGAAAACAGUCAUGCUGGAUUGUUUGACGGAGAAAGAAGAGAUUUUGGCUCGGUUAUGGGCGUUGGCAAUGUUGAAGUUGCAGAAGCUUUUGAUGGCAGGGCUGAAGUUCCCAAAAGUUGGCAACGAGGAAAGCAGUUUUCAAGUGGUAUAAUCCAUAUAGGCCCUGCACCUUCUGGGGUUAAAAAUUUUCUUUCAAAAGAUCCAGUUUUGAAUUUCAAAAAAGAAAAUGUUGUAUCAAAUGUUGGGAAACCUUAUGUAGAGGGUGCCAAUUGGGGAGGGAAGGGUUCUUUAUCUAGAGAUGCAAUUCUGGACCUGAACGCUAAAGCUUUUAGGAAGAAAAAAGAUGCAAUGAGGCCUUCUGACUUCUUUGACCCUGUAAGGGAAUCCUUUGAAGCUGAGCUUGAGAGGGUUCAGCAACUGCAAGAGCUGGAGCGACUGCGGGCGAUGGAAGAGAAAACUAGAGCAAUGGAGAUUGCUCGUAAGGAAAUUGAGGAGAGAGAGAGAAGAGUCAGAGAGGAGGAAGAGAGGAAGCAGUUACUUGAAGAAGAGGCAAGGGAAGCUGCCUGGAGAGCUGAACAAGAGAAGUUGGAAGCUGCAAGGAGAACUGAGGAGCAAAGGAUUGCAAUAAAGGAGGAGAAGAAGAGGAUUCUUAUGGAGGAGGAAAGAAGAAAAGAUGCUGCUCGGCAAAAGUUAUUAGAAUUGGAGGCCAGGAUUGCAAAGAGGCAGACUGUAGCUAAUAUAGCUAAUACAACAGUUGAUUGGAUGAAUGAAAGGGAUCCUUCAAGGAACUCAGAUCAAACUGAAUGGGAUAAAACUGAAAGAAUGGUGGAACCUUUUACCAGCUCUACCUCAUCUGAUUCAUCUUUUAUGAACAGGUUUUCAGUAGGAGUCAAAACUCAUAAUUCAAAUGUUUCAUUUUGCCAGAGAGGAAGGCCUGAAAAUAACUGGAGCCAUAACAGGAAACAGUUCCAGGGAAGUGAUGCGCCAUUGCUGCUUGUGCCAUCAUUAACAAGUGGGAUGUCAUCUAAUCUGACAGAAACAGGAGAUAGAAAUAAUGAUUUUGAUCAAUUUAAUGGGAAUUCCAAUAUUGAUCCUGCAUUUGGUGCAUGGGACCAUGGUCAUUUUAGUAGAGACCAGCUUGCUCCUUUUUCACAAAAAUCAUUCCAAAAUACUGAAGUGGAGAACUUAGUCUCGGUUAAAGUUAGGCAAACCUUAAGGCAGCCUCGUGUGCCCCCGCCUCCAUCCCUGUCAGUCUCAAGGCUUAAGAAUUCUUCUGGGGCUACGUCAGAAGGUCCUAAUUCAUCGGUUUCAGUGAACAGUGAUGCACAAAGUAAUCCAACAGGAAGAAAAGAAGAAUCUGACUUGCAGAUUGUGUAUAAUUGCAGAUAUCAGCAAAUGAUCCAAGAACCCGGAAGUACUGAGUUGCUGGAAGGGACUGCUAGCUCUUUGUUGCAAACAGAGGAUAAGAGUAGUCCAAGAUAUGACUCUCAGUCUUCCCUUUCUGUUUCUAGCCCACCUAGUUCACCCACUCAACACUCUCUUGAUGAACUUGAUGAUUGUGACGAUUUCCCUGCUCCUACAAGUUAUAUUGAAUAUGAAAAUACUGCAUUAUCUGAUAGCAAGCCCAUGAUGCCAGAAUUGGAUGCCAAGCACAUGCAUUCUGAGACAACGCUUUUCUCUCUUGAGGAAGAUGAUGAAUGGGCUGUUGAUAAUCAUGAAGAAAUGCAAGAAGGAAAUCAUGAUAUAGACCAUGAUAUUUACGGGGAAGGUAAUGAAGACCAUGAAGGUGAUGAUGGAAAUCUUGAAAUGGAAAAUAAGCUUCAUGAUGUUGAUGCAGUUGUUGGGAAACCAGAUGAGGAAACUAGGAAUAGUUCUUUUGGCAUCAUUUGCUGUCCUCAACUUGGAGCUCCUGUUCAUGAUUUGCUGAAUAACGAUUUUGGGCAUGCUAAAACGGGCAUAAACCAGCUACGUCCUACUAGUGCUAAGACAAAGCUUGAAUUUGCCACUAACUGUGUAGAUAUGUUGCAAGUAAAGGAUGCUUUGCCUGGUGAGGUUUUGAAUGCCUCUCCGGAAGAAAAAACUGCAGUUCAUCCUCCUGAAAGCGUGGAAGCAUCUAAAUUUUUGGGUCAAAAUCCAGUGGAAUCUGCAACAAAUUUGUCAUUGUCGUCUUCAUUUUGUUCCAUCUCAGCCUCAAAUCCUACUAGUAUGGAUGAAGUGCCUGUUAGGUUUCAGUUUGGGCUAUUUUCUGGUCCUCCGUUGAUUCCAUCUCCUCUUCCAACUAUUCAAAUUGGCUCAAUUCAGAUGCCACUUCCUCUGCAUGAACAAUUUGAUUCUUACAGUCAGAUGCAUGCUUCGCGUCCUCCAUUUUUUCAGCUUGAUCAGAUAAACAGUUACGCGCCACCUUUCUCUCAUAGUACCUUGCCAAUAGCUGCUCAGACAUUGUCCUUCAUGCAUCCUUCCUCUUUAGGUCACAGUUAUAUCGGUCUGAAUCCUGGAAGUUCUUCAAGUAAUCUUGUUAGUCUGGCUUCUACUCCAAUAAAGGUCUUGGAAAAAGAACAGCCUACUUUUCCACCAGAUAGUCAGCCUGGUUUUGGAUCUGUGAUUGCUAACCAACGUUUAGAGAAUUUGGAUUCUGAACAGCUAACUGAAUUGCUGGGUGAAACAGGGGACAAAGCUCUUAGAUCACCGAGCCAGAUUACAUCAGCUGGUUCUGAUGAGAAGAAAGAUGUGCGUGAUUCGUUUUCUCCUUCAGCUAAUCCUGAUGUAUCUUCAUAUAAGAAUUGUAGAUCCAUGGUUAAUUCUAGACGAGUGCGAGUUUGGCCACAUGUUGAAUCAUUAUCUUCAAAUAGAAAAUCUGAAUCUGUGAUGAAAGCUCCUGGAACUAUGCCUGAGAUUAAAAGGAAUAGAUUUUUGCACAAUGCAAGAAUUACUGGUUCUCUGCCAUCUCUCAGAAGGACGGAGGACUUAUUUGCUAAUUCUUAUCGGCAUCAAAGAAGUGGUCGCAGGCAUUUUCAAGGAAUUGAAUAUAGGAUUAAGGAGAAUGGUGGAGCAAGACAAAUGAACCGCUCCGAAAUUUUUAACCAUAGUAGGCAGAAUGAGAAGCCUAACCACAGUAACAUUGCUCUGGGUGUUUCCUCAAGAAAUUUGGGCCGGAAGGAUUCUGUUGUUACUAAUUCAGCAAAAACUACAGAUGAGGAAGCAGCUCCUGCUACACAAACUGCAGGUGUUGCUAGUAUGAGCAGAGCUAUUAAAGAAGAAACUGUGCCGAAGAUGGGCAUGACCACUUUUAAUUUUUGUGGUGGGGAAGGAAUUUUAAAGAAAAAUGGGCUUCUUGAGGAUGAUGUUGACGCUCCUCUGCUGAGUGGCAUUGUUAGGAUUUUUAAUCAGCCCGGCAUUGAAGCUUCUACUGAUGCCGAUGGAUUUGUUGAGGUAAGGUCUAAACGGAAGGUGUCAAAUGAACGGCGAGGACAGAAGGAGAGAGAGAUCAACCCAAGUUAUAAGGCUGUAAAGGUUCCUAGAAAGCCCCGUACAAUUGUUUCAAAUGAUACUGUUCCCUCUAGAUCAGAUAUGGUUGCGGCUUUAGCGGGUGGGGCUGCUUUGAAAGGUCUUCAUUCUGAUCCCGGAAACCCUAUCAGAAGGCAACAAGCUGCUCUGGAAGCUUCAUUGUUGCCCACUACAGGCAUGGAAGGCCAGACAAUACCACCAAUUCGUAACCCUGCCAUGAAUUCUACUAAUUUUGAAGCGAAUCUCAAAAGUUUAAAUUCCACUCAGGUAAGUUCUGCCGCUGAGAAAACUAGUGAUGUAACAAAGCUUAUGCCAAGCUUGUCUUUUGGCAACAAUAUCGUUGCUUAUGAUAAGGGUUCUGUUCCUUUAGGUGCAUGGGGUAACGUUCACCUGAAUCAUCAGGCGAUUACUUCGACCCUAUCUCAACUUGAUGAAGCUUCAAAUCCAGUUGAGAGUAAUCUACUUUCAGCUGAUGAAGGUUCUCUAGAGGAUAGCGACCGUGAAACAUCUACUAUGACUCAUGAAAAACCAUAUUUUCCUUCUGCCAAUCAGUUUAACUUCCCAUUUGCUGGGGAGAAGAUUCAAUUUGGUGCUGUUGAAUUGCCACAAACUCUGACCUCUCCUAGCCAAUCUGUUUCAAGCGGCUUAUGGCCUCCUAGUUAUAUUGUACUAAAUCCAUCAAUCAUCCACAAUGUAAAUGUGAAUGAAAAUAGUCAGAGGAGCUUCUUUGAGAAAGAGAAGUGUUCUGGUGUUUCUUGUAGACACCUGGAUGACACUGAGGCACAAGCUGAGGCUGCUGCUUCUGCUGUUGCUGUUGCUGCAUUUAGCAAUGAUGAGAUCUCUGUUUGUACAUUAGGUACAGGUUCCACUUUUGACAUUGUAACCAAAGGACUUAAUGCCCCAGAUGAAACGAGGUUUGCUGAUGUGGUGGAUCAGUCAGCUAGUGAAGAGUCAUUGGUUGCUACUCUUCCAGCGGAUCUUUCUGUGGAUACUCAGCACUCAUUGUGGCCUCCUUUACCAGGCAUUCAUUCUUCUCGUCCCAUACUUUCUCAUAUUGCUGGACCUCAACCUACUGUUUUCCCUUUCUUUGACCCAAAACCCAUACUGGGUGGACCCAUAUUUCCCUUUAGGCCACAAGAUGAGUCCACAGGGUCUCAGGAACAGCCACAACCAGAUGCAACUUUUGGUUCUUUGCCCACUGGAACUUGGUCACAGUGCCAUUCCGGUGUUGACUCAUUCUAUGGUUCGCCAGCAGGAUUUCCUGCUCCUUUUAUGAGUCCCCUUGGAGGGCUCUCUGGGGUUCAUCCUCAGAUGGUCUUUUACAAUCAUUUUGCUCCUGUUGGGCAAUUUGGUCAAGUAGGCCUUAGUUAUAUGGGCACCACUUAUAUACCUACUGGAAAGCAGCCUGACUGGAAGCACAACUCAGAAUCUUUCACCAUGAAUGUGAACAAGGCUGAUCCCAGUAAUCUAAAUUUUAUUUAUGGUCAACAAAAAGUAGCCCACGUGCCUACUCUUGCACAGCAGUUGCCUUCUGGAUCAGCUGUUAGUCCGGUGAAUUCACCUUUUCCCAUGUUCAAUUUUAGACCCUUCCAGUCACCUACAGAGGCAUCAGCUCCACUUCUCUGGCCACCAAUUCCACAUCCAUCUUCCCAUUCUAUUCGAUUCUCAAAUCCAUCUGAGCAAUUGCAAAGCCUUCCUGCGGAUGUGUAUGUUACUAACGUCAGUCCAAAUGUUUCUCAUUCUGCCGCUGCUGAUUUGCCUGAUGAGCUUGGUUUGUUGGAGUCCACAGCUUCUAAUUCUGCUGAUGCAAAUCCCAUCCAACCUUCAAGAAACCCUGCAGCAACUAGCGGCAUUAAGGACCUAAAUGGCAUGCCAAGUUCUGCAAAUUCUUUUGUUAGCCAUGGUGAGGAUGGUAGAAUUGGGGGCAUUCAGAGUCUGGUGGCCCAACAAACAAUUUCACCUGUCCCGCAAAACCUUGCUCCGAUCGGAAAGGCUGAUCAACCAAAAGGCGCUGUUCAGAAGACUAGCUUUGGUAGCAGUGAAUGGCGCCAGAGAAAUACAUUCCCGGGAAAAAACCGCAAUUUCGGCUCCAACAAGAAUACUGGUUCCACCAAGAUCCUGGAGAGAGUUUUGUUGUUGUCUACGGAAGGAAGCCAAGGCUGGGUUCUCUGCAUCCAUAUUUUCUGCCGCUAGUUAACAGAAUAGUUUUUUCUACAGAAUAAACAGAUGCCUUUGUUUGUAAGCGGCUGUGGUUGGGUGGGAUACUUCUGUGCUAAUAUGGGAUCCAAAGGGGCUGCUUUUGUAGCUGAAUGAAUUUGGUGUUUUUUAUUGUUUGGAAUGACAAUUCUUAUAUGUUAAAAGGUAAUGUUUCGUUCUUUGGAUGCUGCAGAUGAAAUAUUCAAAUUUUGCUGUUAUAGCACAGAAGGGUCAGAAUUUUUUUGUAGAAGAAUUUGUAAGGGAUUGCAAUUGUAUUGCCCAGUUAUUAUUAUGUUAAAUUUGCAAGAUAUCAUUCCUUCU